AAGUGCCGAGCUGUCGAUGUGGGAGCGGCGGCGGCGGCGGCAAGCCGACAUCCGCCCAGCUAACAGCGCAGAGAGCACGCGUUUUCGCGCUGCGUAAGCGCGGCUACCAGCCGCUACCCCAAGCCCGCCAUGAAAGGCGCCCGUCAGUCAAAGCCCGGCACGAUGUCCGCCAUCAAGGACGCGCACAUCGUCAAAAUCGCCGUCGAGAUGGACGAGCAAGUGCCGCAGCUCAUCGAGUUCGACCAGCAGCGACCACUCACGGCCAUCAUCCAGGACCUGUGCAACACCUGGGCGCUGGCCGAACCUGAACAGUACUCGCUCCAGUUCUCGGACAACGCUCGCUCCUACAUCACCGAGAAGAACCGAAACGACAUAAAGAACGGCUACGUCCUGCGAUUGACGCAUAGCCCCGCCAAGACGGCACAAGACAUCCUCGACAAACUUCACUCGAACAAGCCGGAUGACAUGCGGGCAGCCCUGGAGCGUCUGCAGAGGCUUUCGUCGGACUACACGUUCGCUCUCGAGUUCAUAAACAAGCAGGGACACCAGUUGCUCAUCAACAUGGUCGAAGCGGGUACCUACACGGGCGACCACUUGGCGCUGACUUUGCAGUCGUUCGUCGAACUUAUGGAUCACGGCAUCGUCUUCUGGGACAUCUUGGAGCCCAAGUUUGUCGGCCGCGUCGCCAAUCAGGUGAAUGUCAACACGACUCAGGACACAAGGACAUUACAGGCAUCUCUCUCCAUACUGGAAUCUCUGGUCUUGAACGGCACCGGUCGCUAUGCCAUGGUAGACCAAGAGGUCACAUUACCGAAUCUUAUUAUGCACAUGCAAUCAUCGGCAGUUGAAAUACAGCAGUCAGCUGUGGCACUCAUCAAUGCACUCUUCCUCAAGGCCGAGAGCACCACAAAGCGCAAGACACUAGCAGCGACCCUGUCUUCGCGGCACAUCCGGAACGUUAUUGUUACAGCUGUCCUUCAACGUUCGCAACAGCAUGUUGGCACUGAAAUGGCUCAUCAGCUUUAUGUUCUUCAAACACUGUUGCUCAAUUUGCUGGAGGAACGGCGUGUUGGUGUUGACCCAAAUGAUGCUGAGGCCCGUGAACGAAUCCUUGAACUACGACGCAUUGCAUUUGAUGUUGAAGCUGAUGGUACUUGUAGCACUACAAGUGGCGGCCGGAAAGGUGGCGGCUAUGCAAAAGACUACAAGAAGUUGGGUUUCCAAAACCAUACCAACCCUAUUGAGGACUUUAGUGAACCACCUGGAAUAUUGGCAUUGGACAACAUGGUCUACUUUGCCAGAAAUCACACAGAAAGUUACACCAAGUUUGUUCUCGAGAACUCGUGCAGGGCUGAUGAGCAUGAGUGCCCUUUUGGCCGCAGCAGCAUUCGACUGACACGGCUUCUGGCUGAAAUCCUCAAGGUUGGUGAGCCCCCUACAGAGCAAGGAAAGACUUACUACCCAAUGUUUUUUACACACGACCAUCCAUUUGAAGAGUUCUUUUGCAUUGGCAUCAUGCUCUUAAACAAGACUUGGAAAGAGAUGAGGGCAACGACAGAAGACUUCAUCAAGGUCUUUAGUGUGGUCCAGGAACAGAUCAGCCGUGCCCUGGCCACAGAGCCGCCUCUCAUGAGUCUCGACAAGUUCCGCAGUAAGCUUGCAACACUGACCUACUCGGAGAUCAUGAACCUGUGGCAGCAGGAACAGUCUACGAGGGAGGAGUGGGAGAGCCAAGCCAAGCCCAUUAUCGAACUACGAGAACAGGUCACGCCAGAGAUAAUGGACCUCAUCCAGCAGCAGAGGCUGCAGUUCCUCUGUGAAGGCACACUGUUCACCAAGUACUCAGCAAAGGGUCACAGAAUCAAGGACAAGUUCUGGUACUGCAGAUUGUCACCGAGCCAGAAAGUCUUCCACUACGGCGAUUGCGAGGAAAAUGCAAUGCCCAGCCUCGAAGAGCUGCCGCACAAGCUGCCUGUGAUUGAGAUCAGAAGUCUGGCAACUGGCCGUGAGUGUCCGUACAUGAAAGACACCCGCAAGGCAAAGUCAACAGCUUCGCUGGCAUUUUCUCUCAUACCAGACUCGAACCAGGAACCACUCAACUUUGUAGCAUCAAAUGAAAAGAUCUUUGACUACUGGACAGAUGGCAUCAAUGCCUUGUUGGGCAAGAAGAUGGUCAGCAAGGAAACAAAAAAUGACUUAGAAACUCUGCUUAGUAUGGAGAUCAAACUGAGGCUCAUGGACACGGAAGGUGUGGACAUCCCGGAGAGCCCUCCUCCAAUUCCUAAGGAACCGCCUAAUUUUGACUUCUGCUACGAGUUCAAGUAGUAUAUCAGACGGUGAUAAGUGUCCGACCCUGUGUACAGUCACUUUCAAAUGAACCGUGCUGAAGAUUUCAUGUGCUUGCCCCUUUCACCGAGUGCUUUCGCUUUCUCUCUUCAUUUUUAGCUCAUUCAUUCUAAUCUUCUCAUCUCCGAUCUCCUGCCUGGCCUCAUCGCAGAUUUUUUCAUUUUGCUUGUUGGCACCAUUCUAAAUGUGCAAUUCGUCGCACUAGGUCUCCACAUAACGAGCUGUUUUAACAUUCCAUCGCAUGAUUCUAGAGUAAUAUUUCAGUGACAUGUAUGUAAAAAUACGGACAAAGAGCAUGAGCUCAGUUGAACAGUAUUUUACGUCUAUGUUGUGGAAAGCUGUUUCAGAGCAUUUAGCAGGUACUUGUUCUUUGUGGACAUAGUGAUAAUCAGUAAUUUUGUAAACAGAAGGCUUGGAACUACUUUUUUCUUGCAUGUUACUUACAAAUUAGCAUGGACAUUUAGCUUUCAUUUUAUAUUCUUUCCAAGGCAUCCUUAAACAUAUGCUUCACUGUCAUACCCCCCAAUUGUCUUCCAUUUAUUUAUGUACAAAGCAUCUUUGUUGUAAAGUGCUGUGGAAAAAGCGUUAGUAUUAGUGCUUUUGUAUUAUUGUGAACUUAUGAAAUUUCUGAGAACAGUUAUGAAAACUUUUUGUAGUUUUGUGGACAAGUAUCUAUGGGACAUUUUGUUGCAGAGACCCCAAGUUACAUGACACUUACUCCACCUAAUUUUAACUGAAAUUUUCAUUUACUGGCGCUCGUAUUUGAGUCGUCCCAUCUGUAUUUCAUGGGUCCACACUUAAAAGGAAGAGAUCCGGACACCAACCUUAUUGGUUUAAAAACUAUACUUAAAUUAUGGUAAAAAAUAUAUUUCAACAUAUACCUAUCAUGAAGGGCUAAUGGCUGCUUUGGAAUAAAAGCAUAUUUGAAUAGUUGUAUGUUAUGCCAGCCCAGGUUUUAGGUGAUUGGCAGAUUCCCACACCCCAAGUCAAAGGAACUGCAUUAACACCAGCAAGCUGUUCUUCCUUGGGAGAGAAGUAUUCAGCUGCCUUUUGUUACCUGCUGGGGAUAACGAGAGGGGCCUAACUGUUUUUACCUGACGUAAAUGGUUGAUGGCACCACCGGUGCGGUUAGUUGGUCUGAAGGGGGUGGAACAGCUAGCCUGUUACGUACAGUAUACAAGCACUACUAGGCUCCCUUGCCUGCAACAGCGACUCGACACUGAAAGCAGAGUUCUCUUUGCUGCUGCACUGGUGCUCUGCAGACAGACUCCAGCCACAUGCUUGCGUGUUCCAAGAGUGGACACACAGCCCGAGCAUGUAGUGCGACACAUAGUAUCGCUGUUCUUUUCUUCCUGAUAAAGUUGAACUGUUGCUUGUACGCCCACUCUAUUAUGGCCUAGGUGUUCCUUUUAAAUCUCGACCAUACUCUACGUUUGGCCACAAAAACUUAUGGGCCACGAUAUAUGCAAUAAAAAACAUUCCCGUGAAGGCUCAGCACAUAGCAUCGAAUUCAAUGUUUCACUCUGCAGUAGUUUUUGCCAAUUCCAUUAAACUACAAGUGCCAUGCAGAAGCCCACUUUUGUCGUGGAACCCUUGUCCUGUGAGCUUUUGUACCCAACUGUACAUUUGUCGGAAAGUUGGCUGUUGCAAACAUCCCUAUAGUCUCGGUAACACUGCUUUGCAAAGCAAAUUGCAAGGGUACCAAUGCUUGCUGUUGAAAAUGUUGAUGUCUGAGCCAUAGUAUUUUUGACACAAUCAAUAGUGUCAACCCAAUGCCUGCGCAGGUCGCAAGAACACACAGACUGCAUUUAUCCAUGCUUGGCAUUGUGUUAUGUUUUACAAAUGAAUGCUUGAGUCUACAUACACUAGUCUUCUUAUGUUUCCUUAAAAAAACUUAUGCGCAAGGUUGUAGAUUGCAUUGCAAUACGUUUGUGCCUGCUUCAGCAGUUUUACCGUCCUUUGCUUUAAUUGUACUUGUAAAGUUGAACCCAUUUCCAUACUGUGUGAAUAAUUUGUGCAGCACUCUACUGUCAUGCUGUCUGUAUGAAGUGUAAUCGUGGAACAGAACUUUUCACCUGUGUGUACUUGGCACCAAAUGACAAUUUCACUUUUUAUUGAGAGCACAGCACGCAAUGUGUUUGGACGUUUAUUUAUUGUGAUUAUAUACAGCAAGAGCACAUGAAGACCAAUCAAAAUAAAGACUUAUGAAAAAUA